AUGAAACCAAACAUUUUUUUAUUUUGGGUUUUGUCGAACCUUAUUCGAUUUACUCAAGCAGAUGUAUUUUUCUCAGGAGAAGAUUAUUAUGAGGGAACCUAUCCACUCAUAGAUGAUCGGGCUGUAAUUGAAAGCGACGCAUUGAUUACUUUUUACAAUAUAGAUCAGAUCUACAUAGCAGUUGGUUUGAUGGUGGACCCAGAUGCAACUUUUUCAAUUACCAAUACAGAACGUUUUAAUGGACAUUAUUUUGGAGACGGAAGAUUUGGUUCAGAAUGGGUAGUUGAUGGUAGGGUUAUGAUUGAAGCAAAAAAUGAUGCAAUAAUUAACUAUUAUGAAGUAAAUGUGGAUACUUUUGAUAAUGCAGGUCUUACAUCUAUUCAUGCCGAUGGUCAAUCUGAUUACUUACAUGUCAAACUCGAUGCUGACGUGUUUGUAAACUCAGAAACAUUUGCUAUACAAAAAGAUAAGCCAGGUGUUGCAGUUUUAGAUUUUUCAUAUGGUGGAGCUGCACAAAAUCUUGGCUCGAUUUGUUUGAGAAAUACGCAAUUUAUGAAUCAUAUGAGUAUUGAAGGCCGUGGUUGUUUGGUUCUUGAUGAUUCUUUCAUGAGAAGUAUGAAUAUAGAAAUAACUGAUGUGGAACACACCCUUUAUAUGACAAAUGGUGCUAAAGUUUCGGAAAAUGCACAAAUUGCAGGAACAAGGUGGACUAUUUAUGGAUUUGGAAGCGGUAUGAGUAUUGGUUUAAGUGACACAAUUGCUGAAGGAUGGAGUUACACUCCAGCCACAGGUAUUUUAAGAAUCGUAUCUUUAAAUUAUGGAGCUGCUCAUUCUUUUACCAUUGGAACGGGAUAUGAUGCUGAAUUAUUUAGAGUCAUUGAUGAUGGAGCAAUGAUUGGUAAUGCUAUCACUUAUGAUGGUGCUACACCUGCACAAGAUAUUCCAGCAGCUUGUUUAGGUUGUCCAUUUGUCGAUACCGAGGAAGAAUAUACUAGAGUUAAUAAUGUUGAUCCUAGUCAAUCCACUCAUUAUGUUACUACGUAUGCGGAGCAAGAUACUGUUGGUAUACCUUAUUUAAUUACUGCUUUAGUAUUACAAUCAACCGCAUUGGAAGAUUCUAUGGCCACAGAGCUGUACACUGGAGUUACAGGGGCUGAUACUUUAACCGAGAGAAUAACAGUAGAUGGAAAUGAUGUUUAUGACGUACAAAUAGCUCGAUAUGGUUUUGAAGAAGGCAGUAUUUAUGAUGUAUCUUCAACAAUUAUUUAUGAAGAUUUCUCAUUUACCACCACUAUUGAUGAAAGUUUGGCUCUUGUUAUGUUUACUUCAAAUGAAGAAAAUUGGUGGCACACAACUACAAGCUUUAUCACAGCAAUAACUGAUAAAAUUACAGUCUCUGAUGAUGAUCUUGGUACAGCUACUCAUAUUGUGUAUGCAUCAGUUAAUGAAGAGGGUGAAUGGAUCACAUCUACCUCAACUUAUACUCCUGAACUUGAAUCCCAAACUAGAUUAACAACUUACACAACCAAUAUUGAUGAAGAAGAAGUUACAAUUACCGGAUUAUUUGAAAAAUCAACUAACGAAGCUGGUGCGUGGGCUAGUGCUACAUUUGAAGAAGCUGGAGAACGUGCUACAUUUACGGAAAGAAUUAUUAAUGAAAUUGAUGGUAUUGCUCAAACUAAAGAUGCAGAAGUUGUUGGAUAUGAUUAUGGUGAGUAUGGAAUGUACUAUUUGACAUCAAUAUUAGCAGAUCCAGUUGAAGCUAGAUAUACUAUUACUGUUGAUGAAGAAGAUGGAGAAUAUACAGGUGUUGUUAGAGUUACAUCCGAUGAAGAAAAUUGGUGGUUUACUACUACAGAUAUUUUAUCGUCAUACACUAGUACAUAUACUAUUAAUGACGAUUUUGAACAAGCUACUCAUAUUGUAUAUGCAUCAGCUAAUGAAGAAGGAGAAUGGAUUACAUCUACAUCAACUCAUACUCCAGAAUCACAAACUAGAUUGACUACUUACACAACCAAUAUUGAUGAAGAAGAAGUUACAAUUACUGGAUUAUUUGAAAUAUCAACUAAUGAAGCUGGAGCUUGGGCUAGUGCUACAUUUGAAGAAGCUGGAGAACGUACUACAUUUACUGAAAGAAUAGUUACUGAAAUUGAUGGUAUUUCUCAAACUAAAGAUGCUGAAGUUGUUGGAUAUAACUAUGGUGAAUACGGAAUGUACUAUUUGACAUCAAUAUUAGCAGACCCAGUUGGAGCUAGAUAUACUAUUACUACUGAUGGUGAAGAGGGAGAAUAUACUGGUGUUGUUAGAGUUACAUCAGAUGAAGAAAAUUGGUGGUAUACUACUACAGAUAUUUUAUCGUCAUAUACUAGCACUUAUACUAUUAAUGAUGAUCUUGAACAAGCUACUCAUAUUGUAUAUGCAUCAGUUAAUGAAGAAGGAGAAUGGAUUACAUCUACUUCAACUCACACUCCAGAAUCACAAACUAGAUUAACAACAUAUGUUACUGGUGUCGGUGAAGAAGAAGUUACAAUUACUGGAUUAUUUGAAAAAUCAACUAAUGAAGCUGGAGCUUGGGCUAGUGCUACAUUUGAAGAAGCUGGAGAACGUACUACAUUUACUGAAAGAAUAGUUACUGAAAUUGAUGGUAUUUCUCAAACUAAAGAUGCUGAAGUUGUUGGAUAUAACUAUGGUGAAUACGGAAUGUACUAUUUGACAUCAAUAUUAGCAGACCCAGUUGGAGCUAGAUAUACUAUUACUACUGAUGGUGAAGAGGGAGAAUAUACUGGUGUUGUUAGAGUUACAUCAGAUGAAGAAAAUUGGUGGUAUA